GAUGGUUUUAUCUGGAAUAAAUGCGAAACAACCUUCAGUGGUGGUCAGUGGUGAAAAGUAUCAAAAUACGACUCUUGUUUAUCCGUUCGUUGCUCAUACUACCCUACUCUUGUGGUGUGGCUUGAAGAGCAUCGAGUGGACUGGGAAAAGAGCGAAGGGCCAGCGGUUUGUUACUAUUUCGCUUUGUAAUAAUGAAGAGGAAAGGGAAUAUUUAAACACAAUACACGUUCAUCCAAGUUGAAUAAUUGCACAUCCAAGGAAAGGGAAAUAGAAAAAAUGGACCCAAUCUAGCAAAGAGUAAUAACUGCAAAUAGAAAUUAUACGGCCAGCCAACUUUAGCACACGCGACGCAGCGAAAUCAGAAUAGAAUUCCGUUACCCCGACCGAUCGAUCUAGAUAGAGAGCAGAGAAAGAGUGAAGCGAACUGGCUAAAAGCACGAUUGGAAGAAACGAAAAAAAAGGAAAACGAAUGUGUGAACGAAGACACGAAGCACAAGAAAAUUGCAUCUUUCUCUCACUUCGAAUGUUACUGCAGAUGUUACUUUAGUGUUAGUAGUAUAGAUAAUCCAAUGCAUAUUCAGCGAGCAGAACUAGAAUCGUAUCUAAAUGUUAAAUCACGGCUCACUGACACAAGCCCGCCGGCAAAAAAAGAUGAAGCGAAAGAGGGAACCGGAAUGGCAGUGCGGAAGAUCCACGAUUGUCGCCUUGCGAGUUUAUGAUAACAGAUAAAUUGACAUAAUUCGAACAGUGUAAUGCCGUUGGAGGAGAGCGUGCAAAAGGCAACUAAGCUGGCUAAUUGAUCGUAUGCUUAAACAUGCCGUAAUGGCAUGUUAAAGAAGCAAACUGACUACUUCUGACUGUUAGAGUAACGUAUGCGAUACUAUUUACAGUAGCCGAUGAUGGUACGCGACCCGGUGGACGAAAUGAAGUUACAGUUUCUAUCGAUUUCUCGUACCGUGCAGCUCCAGAUGGAGAAGUUUACCCUUUUUUCUUUAUGGUUUUUUGCUUGUUUAGGUUUUAUUUGAGGUCCCUAUCUUUCUCAUCCCUCUUUCGUGCUCAACUGUUUCAAUUUCGAUUGCCUUACCUUAGGUCGAAUGAGUAUAUGUACGAAUAUAUAAAGGUAUUUUAUAAUUGUAUUGGAAUGAUUUAAAUGAAAAAUCAAAACUCGCUAAGCAUCUAAACCUAUCCACCUUCUCUAGUAUAGCAACGCAUGAACCGUGGCCUCCAGCAAUACCCCCGCCCCCUGCCCUCUGGCCCUCGUAACAGUUUGUUAACGUACCGCGUCCUACCGUGUUCUCGACCGUUCAGAAUCCGUUCGUUACUCGCGCGAGACCACUACUGAUAAUACCAGACAUUGUGUUCGGCACCAAGUUUUGGCCAUAAAUGUGAUUCUCUUGUUUAAAAAAAAUGACUACAGUUAGCGUUAAAGUGCGUGAUUGUGAACGGAGUGCAUCAAACCAUUCGGUUUGGUUUACGGAAAAGACAAAAUUUAGAAGCCGUGCAUAAAUUGUUAAAACCAUUGGAUGUAGAGUACCGCUCCUAGAUAGAUAGGCGGGCAAACGUAUGUGAUACAUACAGAAGUUCCAACUUUGCAUGGACGCUCCCGGAUCGUAGAAGAGAAGAAGCAAAGAACCCUUUUAUCGGUAGCAGCAACCGGAACCGGAAACCGCGGACCUUUCAUUUUGCCUACAUGAUUUUUACAAGCAGAAUACAACAGGGAAUUUGGAAUGUGGCAAAUGGGAGAAGUGUAUUUUUUGCUACAUGCAUAUUAUUAGACUACAGCUUACCGUGUACUCCUUUUUAUCAUUAUGACUAUUGCUAUUAUUAUUAUUAUUGUGACAGGUUUUGCUAUAUUUUGUCAAGCCGCAAGAUGAUGGAAAUAUAAAUAAUGGUCAAUAAAA